GCUUAUGCCAAAUUUUCUGGUGCUCCCCUGACAGUGAAUACUAUAAAUAACUCUUGGAGAGCUCCAAAAGGAGAUGUACCGGUCCUGAUAUCAGAAGACACUGUUAUUUCUCAGCCAGCAAAAAUACUAAACUUCUUAAGAAAGCAGAAAUAUAAUGCUGAUUAUGAAUUGUCUGCAAAACAAGGAGCUGAUACGCUGGCAUAUAUUGCACUACUUGAAGAGAAACUGCUUCCUGCUCUGCUGCACACUUUCUGGGUUGAGGCUGAAAAUUACUGCAGUGUGACAAAGCCAUGGUUUGCCUCAAGGAUUGCUUUCCCACUGAGUUUGUAUAUGCCUGGAAAGAUGUCCAGGGAAGCGCUGAACAGGAUCUUGCUGACCAGGGGAGGGCCUCCACUCUACAGUCUCACUGAAGUGGAAGCACAGAUAUACAGGGAUGCCAAGGAGUGCCUAAAUCUCCUGUCGAAGAGAUUGGGAACAUCUCAGUUUUUCUUUGGAGAUACGCCCACCACCUUGGAUGCCUUUGUGUUUGGUUUCCUUGCACCAAUUUAUAAAGUGUGCUUCCCCAGAGUACAAUUACAAGAGCAUUUGAGACAGCUUCCCAAUCUAUGUCGAUUCUGUGAUGAUAUCUUAAGUUGCUACUUCAGAUUAACUGUCUCAGGCCAUUCUCCGGCUGGACAGGAUACAGCAGAUGCUAAUCUGCAGAAACUCACACAGCUUGUAAAUAAGGAAUCCAACUUGAUUGAAAAGAUGGACGACAAUCUUCGUAAGAGUCCUCAGCAUCCCCCUCGAAAGCUAACAACACUCAAGCUUGCUGCAGACAACCCAUGCUCCAUCUGCCUGGGCGAGAUCAAUAAUGCAGCACGCAUUGAUGGAUGCUUCCACACCUUCUGCUUCGACUGCAUCCAGCAGUGGGCUGCCACAAAAGCUGUGUGCCCGCUCUGCAGGCAGCCUUUUAACCACGUCCUGCACACGGUGAGGGCAGACGAUGACAACCAGGAGCACGUGGUUGGUUUGUCUGCCCGCCAGCAGAGGACCACGGCCAGGGAGCGGGUGCGCAGCAGAUCCCCGCAGCGGCGUUACCACCUGCGCCCAAGGCCCACCACUGACGAGCCUGCAGCUGGGAGAAGGGGGCCUGUGGGGAGGAACCGAGGGGCACGAGGUGGCACAGCUCCAGGGCGCUCUGAUGCUGCUGCCCGGCAGGCUGCAGGGGAGAACCCGGCGGAUAGACCCGUCCUCCGCUACGACCUGCCGGCACUGAGAGCACGGCUGAUUAGUUUCAUGGAACUUGAAUAA